AUGGCUGCUCCCAGCCUCCUUAACUGGAGGCGGGUUUCCUCCUUCACGGGGCCAGUACCCCGCGCCCGGCACGGACACCGGGCCGUGGCCAUCCGGGAGCUGAUGAUCAUCUUUGGAGGGGGCAACGAGGGCAUCGCGGACGAGCUGCACGUCUACAACACUGUUACGAAUCAGUGGUUCUUACCAGCUGUUAGAGGAGACAUCCCUCCAGGCUGUGCUGCCCAUGGAUUUGUCUGUGAUGGUACCAGAAUAUUAGUAUUUGGGGGAAUGGUUGAAUAUGGAAGAUACAGCAACGACUUAUAUGAAUUGCAGGCAAGUCGUUGGUUAUGGAAGAAAGUGAGACCCCAACCCCCUUCUUCUGGUUUACCUCCUUGUCCUCGGCUUGGACAUAGCUUUUCUUUAUAUGGUAACAAAUGCUAUUUGUUUGGUGGCCUGGCAAAUGAAAGUGAAGAUUCAAACAAUAAUGUUCCCAGUCAGUUUCAGACAGCAGAUAUUGAAACCAUGUCCUGGUCCAAACCAGAGACUAAAGGGGCAGUGCCACUUCCACGAAGCCUUCACACAGCCAACGUUAUAGGCAACAAGAUGUACAUUUUUGGUGGAUGGGUUCCACAUAAGGGGGAAAAUAUUGAGACUUCACCUUAUGAUUGUGAAUGGAGAUGUACCAGUUCAUUUUCUUACCUCAAUCUGGAUACAGCAGAGUGGACUACCCUAGUAUCAGACUCUCAGGAAGAUAAGAAAAAUUCAAGACCAAGACCGAGAGCUGGGCACUGUGCUGUUGGAAUUGGCACUCGAUUAUAUUUUUGGAGUGGAAGAGAUGGCUACAAAAAAGCGUUGAAUAGUCAAGUUUGCUGCAAGGAUCUCUGGUAUCUUGAUACUGAGAAACCACCAGCACCAUCACAAGUACAGCUGAUCAAAGCCACUACUAACUCUUUUCAUGUCAAAUGGGAUGAAGUGCCUACAAUUGAGGGCUAUCUUUUGCAGUUGAGUACAGACCUGCCAUACCAGGCUGCAUCAUCAGAUUCUUCAGCAGCACCGAAUGUGCAAGGUCCUCACACUUCAGCACAUGUAGGUGUUCUAAGUAGUUGCCUGGAUUUAAGAACAGUAAUCCCUGAAACUUCUGUAUCCAGUACUGUUUCCAGCGCACAAACUAUGGUAACCCAGCAGACCAUUAAAACUGAGUCAUCCAGUACAAAUGGGGCAGUUGUUAAAGAUGAAACUUCACUAACAACAUUCAGUACCAAAUCUGAAGUUGAUGAAACAUGUGCACUGCCUGCAACUAAGAUCAGCCGUGUAGAAACCUCUGCUGCAGCAACAGUCCCACUUUCUAAAGAUACUCCUUCAAAUCCAGUGGCCACAGUGAAAGCAGGAGAACGACAGUGGUGUGAUGUGGGAAUUUUUAAAAAUAACACAGCAUUGGUGAGCCAGUUUUAUUUGCUGCCAAAAGGAAAGCAAAGCAUCUCAAAGGUAGGAAAUGCAGAUGUGCCUGACUACAGUUUACUUAAGAAACAAGAUCUUGUUCCAGGCACAGGAUAUAGAUUCAGGGUUGCUGCAAUCAAUGGUUGUGGAAUAGGCCCUUUCAGCAAAAUUAGUGAAUUUAAAACUUGCAUUCCUGGUUUUCCCGGAGCUCCGUCUGCAGUCAGAAUUUCGAAGAAUGUUGAGGGUAUCCACCUUUCCUGGGAACCUCCCACUUCACCAUCUGGAAAUAUUUUGGAAUACUCAGCCUACUUGGCUAUCCGUACGGCACAGAUACAAGAUAAUCCAAGUCAACUUGUGUUUAUGAGGAUUUAUUGUGGUCUUAAAACAUCAUGUAUAGUAACUGCGGGGCAACUUGCAAAUGCACAUAUUGAUUACACAUCCAGGCCUGCCAUUGUGUUCAGGAUAUCAGCAAAGAAUGAAAAGGGAUAUGGACCAGCUACCCAAGUUCGAUGGCUUCAAGGUAACAAUAAGAAAGCACCUUUAAGUUGAACUGGCUUUUUACUGAAGCUGUUGUUAUGAUUAUUUAUUAGUAACUAGUUACAAAGAUUUGUCAUUUAAAAGAGUCUUCUCUGAUUGUAUCUGUAGCAGUUAUGAAUUUGAGUUUGUAAGUUGUUCUUAAAAUGUAUUUGCUCAAUUCUAGAUCCAAAUAAAAAUAGAAAAGAAGCAAAGACUCUGACAAUUAGCAUAUAUAUAGAUAUAUAUAUGUGUUUGUGUAUAUAUAGAUAGAUAGAUAGAUAGAUAUAUUAGUAUAUAUAAAGCCAGAAGGCUUUAUUACCCUAAUAUCUUUUAUAAAGGCGUGUAACUCAGUCAUCCUAGAGUUACUAGAUGAUUCUAGUAACUGGCUGUUGUCUAUUAUGCUCUUAUAUAGUAAAUGUUCUUUAUAUUGAAAUGUCCUAGCUUUAAGUAUUCUCUCAUCUGAUAACAACUAUGUUCUAUCAAAUAAUACUUAUACUAAUUUUAGGAGCAUUUUAUUCUUUUUUGUUUAUUUACAGUAGCACAAAG